AUGAACCCAGCAUCAUCUUCUUUGGUAACAGAGAAGGCAUUGCUAGCGAGUCGUUCCAAUGACGAUGACCUGACGGCCGACAGCGCCAGUACCUCGGAACCCCCGCCAUAUUCAAGCCCCUCCAAUAGCUCGGAGACGUCCAUCUCACACGAUUCCCAAGGCACACACGGGUUUCACUAUUAUACUGGCCUACCCAGGCUGGAUUACAAGCUUUACUCGCCACCCGUUUUCACUCUAUCACCCGACUGUACCACCCUAUCGUCCAAGGCAGAGUAUCUGACAGCGAGCGCCAGCGCGCUGAUAGGGCUCAUCAGGUCUCAGGCGAGCAUUCCACCCAAGCCGUUGAUCCAUAUCAGAGGAAACCGCGGUCGAACUAUCGAUUUUGACUUCAAAAUGAACCUCAUGGGCUUGCUGGUGGCUGACGACAUGGGUAAGCGUCUGGACUACAUUCGGUGUGUUGCGCCGGGCGAGGUAGCGUUCCGCGGCGGCGCCAAGGCCGACGUCCUCCCCGAGGUGGGUGACGGAGAGCUGGAUGAAUGGUGUCGCCGAUUCAUCGAGGAUCCGGCGCCCGUCAAAAGUUUUGCACUCGAGCGAGUUGUCGCCAACCUAGACACGCUUUAUAUUGAGGGCCAGAUUCGUAGCUUGAUUGCCUCGACACAGUACAAAGGGCAGAUCAACAUCUCGUUUCCCGUGACGCAUUGCAAGGUCAAGGUGAAGAGUGCCGAGAAGCCGAGCAAGCUCUACAUGGGCAUGAAGAACCUUUUCACUAGCAAGCACAAGUACGAAGUGGUGCAGUCAGUAUGGCCCUUUGCGACGGCCAGGAACGGCGAGGAGGGCCGGAGGUGCAUGGUGCAAAGUGAAGAAGUGUGGUGGCGGGAGUGGAGAGAUUCAAUCAAGUAUGCUAUGGCACAGAAGAGGCAGAACGGAGCCUAUGUGACAAACGAGGACAAGCUGGAGGCACUCAUGGAGGGCAAGGGUAAGGGCGUUACGUCCAUCGAUUGGGGUGGAACUGGACCCGAGCUUGAGGAACACGCCGAUUGA